UAUCGAGAAAUGACGAUGCAAAGAGGUAUUUUUGACAGCUCGCAGAUUUACAGUGAAUACUAUAGCAACGGUAGCUUUGGUUUCAGUAAUUCACAGUUUUAUUAUGAUCAAAUUAACGCAAACAGUUAUCAAAAUGUCCAGGCAGACGAUUCACCGGUUGGCGCUUCAAACUUUAACGGACAAGAAUCGCAGCAGACGACUCCAACAACAUGUGGGAACGACCAAGCCCUGACAUCUAAAAAUUUAUCAAUCUUGCCAAAAACAAUUUAUCCAUGGAUGGUAGAAUCGCGCCAAAAUUCAAAGCAGAAACCGACAGAACCCGAGCCCCCUGGGUAUGAGAAACCACCGGCCAAGAAGUCUGUCGAUGUUACUGGAAGUUCUAAAAGAAAUAGAACAGCAUUUACAAGCGCCCAGCUGGUCGAGUUAGAAAAAGAAUUUCAUUUUAACCGCUAUCUAUGUCGACCCCGAAGAAUUGAAAUGGCAAAUGCACUAAGCCUAACGGAGAGGCAGAUCAAAAUUUGGUUUCAAAAUCGAAGAAUGAAAUACAAACGUGAUAUGAAGGAAAGCGAACGAGCAGAACGUGGAAUGAAAGUAUCAGAUUCGGUCCUAGCCAGGCAAUCGGAAAGAUCUAGCUUGAUAGCGGCGAACUCACUCAUGUUCAGCCCGAUCGGCGGAGUGGAAAGAACAUUUCAUGCUAAUACUAACAGCGUGCCAACUUCUUGCGGAAGAGGCAACGGUGUUUUACCAUCAAUAGGGCCAAGUUUUGAUCGUUUCAAUUCUCACAUUUCUGCACAUUCAAACAUGACCUCAGGACCACGAUUAACUCACCUUUGAAGAAGUAAGAAUUUGUUAUGAAAUGUCAAUACAUUAGUUUGAGAGCAAAAUACUUGAAUAGUUUGAAUGUCUGAAUCACUGACGACGGAAAGUUUUACCAUUCUCAAAGUGUGAAGCCGGAAAUCUUUAUAAAAAGGGAUGAUUUUCCCCUUGAACUGUAUCAUAAAAAGAAAUUCCGUAUAUGAUAUGACGCGUUUGCAAAAGGUAAAAUAAACAGACGAACGACUGAAAAUGAAUUACCAACAACAAAAUCCUGGUUACACUAUAGUGAUUUUGGAAAUCGAGACAGUGGACGAAAAUGUUAUUUCUGAGGAGAUGAAAAAAUGUCAUUGAAUUAAGUAGAAUAAGUGGGUCUCAAAUAAUAUGUGUCAAAUUGAGAUACCGAAAUGAUAAUAUUUAUGCAAUAUUGUUACCUCUAGCAUAAUGUCAUUAUCUUUUCAAGAAAAUUGACUAAUUUCAAACGUUACAAAAGUAUAUAAUACUGUAGAUUUAUCAAAUUACAGUAAAUGUUCUUUUUCAUAUAAUUCCAUAUUUUAGAAGUAUUACUCCAAACAACAUCUAAAUAUAUUUCAUAAUAAUUAUAGCGCACUCUUACGGUAUUUCAAAUGAGUGAAGGAUGUUGCAUGUGUACGUAUGUUCGUCUAUAUGGAUCUAUGUGACCAGGGGUAACGCUAAAAUGUUAUGAAACACUGUUUUCGGAAUAAUAAAAACACUAUAGGAUUAUAAAUUAUUAUUCUGUAUUCUGAAACGUUUUAUUCAGAAAUAUGAAUAUCAUGAUCAAUAAAGCUCACAAAGUCACAUGACAAACCAACGGCAAGCACUGUAUUAAGUGUACAUGUGCUAAUUGUUCAAUGCAUGUAAAAUACUGUACGUCUGCAACAAUUUUAACAACAAAGUAACUUGUUUUCCAAGUAUGACACCGAAUUAUAUUAUUAGGCAAUUUUUUUUUUAUUCUGUAAAUUAUUCAUUAUGAUGGUGCUAUUGCACCAACAGUGGUAAAUAUUCCCUUUGCUUUUCUUUUAUCUCCAAGUGUUUGUCGUGACCUGCUGUCCGUUUUGCCUGUGAAAAAUGAGAUGUUCCUCUAUAUCUUUCCCUAUCAAUGGUUGCGAUACUGCGUGCAAAAUUGGUGUUGACGCGUUCACUUUAUACUGUCGUUUGUCGGAAUUGCGACAGCACGUUAGGGGUAGAUGAUGAUACAAUGAGUAAAAUCAAUGUAUUAUCAUUGUAAACAUUACCCAGUAUAAAGUUAUCAUUGCCUACGGUACUUUGCGACUACUAUUAUGCAUAUGUCUUCCAAUAAGCCUAUUAAAGACAAGCUACCAUGCUAUCUGCAUUAUUAAUGUAAGGAUUUUUGACAAUAAAAAAUUCAAUUUCUGGUAAUCCAUUUUGGACUUUUCGAAGUAAAAUAUGUAAAUCGGUGAAAUAAUGGAAUUCUGCAAUUUGUGUCUCACUGGAAGUUAUUUAAUUCUUUUAAGCUCAGACUAUUAAAAUGUAUUUGGCGAAACAUGUGUCAUGCCUAAGUAUGAUCAUGAUGACAUUACAUCCUGACCAUAUAUAGGCAUAUCAUGUCUAUAUAUGGGCAUACAACAGGGUUUUUUUUGUCAAAGAAAAUUUGCUAAUCUGGACAGAGCUUUAAGUGGGCAAUCCAAUGUCAGGGCGGAUCCAGAGAUGUCUGAAAGGCGGGGCCGAAAGGAGAGGGGCGAAAGUAGGGCCGUUCGAGAUAACACCACUCUAGGGGUCCGGGGGCAUGCCCCACCCCCAAAUUUUUGUUUUCUAGACGCCCGAAAAUAAUCUCUGAGGCGUUUUGGGGGAUCAAUUUUUUUCUUUUUCUAUCAUUCCCACCACCCCCCACCCCCUCACAAAUCCGCCAAUGAAUAUUUUAGUUGGACUGCUACGGGUUUUUCGAUUUUAGCACAUAGGCCUAAUUUACUUAUCUGUAGCCUAAUUUUUAAAUUUUGAAUUCUUACAAGUUGAUUUAUUUGAAAAAACAAUUUGCAAUUUUAGAUAUAAAAAGAAAAAUAAUCGUGAGUUGUAAAUCGUCAUUUUUGUAUCGAAAUAUUGAGUUUCGUUGGUUGGAUAUUUAAAAUAUUGUACCGGUAUGCAAUUUCAAAAUUACUUGUUUCACCUCGUUAAAGGGAAUUCUAUUAUUCUCAGUACAAAGCUUGUAUUAUACAGUAUGUCAACUGAUAUCAACAGGGAAAAUAUGUAAGAAGCUAAACCCAGUUUGUGGACAUCACUACAUAGUCAUAUAUCCUUCAUAAAUAUGGACUUAUUGUAGGUUAAAUACAUGUUGUUCGGCAUACAGAGGCAUAUUUUAAAGCCGUCAGUGUCAUCUUUAUCAAUUCAAACACAACUGUAAAAUGACAACCCACUUUUUUAUUAAUAAGAAAAGUUACCCAUAAUACAAUAUUCAAUAUAAUAUUUGUGAUCAAAUAACUGUGUUCAUAUUUUCUUAACAAUUUAUCAAUUUAUAUGGAAUUGGCAAUUCAUUUUUUAAAGUAUUCAUGUAAAAUUGAGCCUUAAUUUUACGUUGAUAAGUUAUUGUUUAAAAUUUAGUAUAAAAAUCAAAAUCCUGCAACAGCAGUUGUUUUGGUUGUCUCACGACUAUAAAUACACGUGAACUUGGACCAACGAACAGACAUGUUUGAUUAAUUACGGAUGUAAUUUUUGAAAUCUAGACUCGCUGAAGAAGAUAACAUUCAUUUAGGCUUAUAUAAUAUGAGUGCCUCUAUCAUGGGACAGACAACUGGAGGUCCUCUGCUAGGUUUUGUGUGUGUAAAAAACGAGCUGAUUUGUUGGCAGGACGUGGUCCGAUACGGCACGAGAUAGGCGUAUCCUAUGUUAGAUCCGGUGCAGGCGAUCUUGCCAAAGGGUGUAUCUCAAAGCGGUGUAAUGGUAGACAAUUACCUGAACCGGUGACGUCACCAUUCAAAAAAUGGAAGUUGAUGACUUGGUGGAUAGACCAUGAGUUUUACACUCGUUUGCUGUAGUUUACCCAAUUAUUGUUGUUCUUAGCUCAAAAGUACCUUUUUAACCGUUUGAAAUUGAUAGUAGAUUACCGUAUUUAGUUAUAGGGCCUAGCUAUUAUUUUUUAUGGAUGCAGACUGUAUUGAACAUAUUCUACACGUAGGCCUAUAUGUAUAUAUUGUAUUGACAUGAAACAAGUAAAACAAAAAUUAAAAAUGAAAACUCUAUACAUUGGCGUUGCUGUCUUCUGAUACUGUACGUUUACAUUCAAAAUAACUCUUUAGAAUACAAUGUUUCUUUUAAAAUUCGUUUUAAAACCUACUUAAUAUUUACUUAAAUUUUUUUAAUUAAUUAAAAAUAUUGAUGCCAUACGUUA